GAAAGUCACUGAUUUCCUUUGGAGUUUGGGAGGAGAGACACAAGGAGGGGAAGGGGGGGCAGAGAGACAGCCUUUCCUCAGAGCUGAAGUGGCCAGGAAGAGCUCACAGGACAAGGGGACGCAAAGCAGGCGCAGCAAGAGAGCCGGGAUACACACCCCUCCAUGGCAGCUGAGAUGAAGCAGCUCCUCUUCCUCUUCCUUGGGCUGAUCGCCAGUUCCAUCCAGAUCGAGGACAACAAGAUCCCGAGCCUGUGCUCUGGGCAGCCCGGAAUCCCAGGCACACCCGGCAUCCACGGAAGCCAGGGUCUUCCAGGCAGAGAUGGACGCGACGGCCGGGACGGAGCAGCCGGGACACAGGGAGAGAAGGGAGAGAUCGGGCAACCUGGAGUCCCAGGUCCCCGCGGGGACAGCGGCAGCCCCGGCAUGAACGGUCUGAAUGGGGAGAAGGGGGUGCAGGGGGAGUGCGCGGUGGCUCCCCGCUCAGCCUUCACCGCCAAGCGCUCGGAGUCGCGCAGCCCGCCCCUGGCGGACCAGCCCAUCCGCUUUGACGUGGUGCUGAUCAACGAACAGGGCCACUAUGACGCGGACACGGGCAAGUUCACCUGCGAGAUCCCCGGCGUCUAUUACUUCGCCGUCCACGCCACCGUGUACCGUGCCAGCCUGCAGUUUGACAUCAUGAAGAACGGCCAUUCGGUGGCCUCCUUCUUCCAGUUCUACGGCAACUGGCCCAAGCCCACCUCGCUGUCGGGCGGCGCCCUGGUGCGCCUGGAGCCUGAGGACGAAGUGUGGGUUCAAGUCGGGGUGGGCGACUACAUCGGCUUCUACUCCAGCAUCAAGACAGACAGCACCUUCACUGGCUUCCUGGUGUACACCUACUGGCAGAACUCCGCCGUCUUCGCCUGAGACCCGAGCUGCCGGGGGCGGGGGAGCGACCGAGGAGUGCCGUCCCCUCGACGCACAGCCCAAACCCCGUCACGUCCCCUGGGGAGGGAUCCCCAAGAGGCAUCCGGGUCCAGUGGCCUAAGCAUGGUCCUGGGAGCCAGGACUCCUGGGUUCUUCGCCAUUGACGCUUCCCACAACUGCGUACAGUGGGGAUAAUGAUGCUUCCCUACCCCAGAGUGGGACUCUGUGAGGAUUCAUUAGUUAGUACUGCAUAAGAGCUAAGUAUUCUUAUUAUCAUUGGUGCAUGAAGUUUGGGAGGUCUCAGCCCAGCCGGUCUCCUGGCUCCCUGAGGCACUCGCUGUCUGUGCGAUGGAGACGCAUAUUCCUGAGGUGUGAGCGCUGCAUCCCAGCGGGACUGGGCAGCAUCCGCGGCACAGACCCCCCGGUGUCUGUGAGGCUCACUCGCCCCCUAUUUCAGCAGAGAAGCCAAGGGCUGGGUGGGCCGUGGGGACUGAAUGCCUGGCAUGUUGCCGGGGCUGUGCUGGGGAAGCCUGCCGCAGUGCCCUCCCUGCGCUGAGCAUAAACAGGGCUCUUCGGGGGCUUCUGAUGCACAGCCAAGACCCUCAGCUGCUGUAAAUCACAUCGCUCCUCUAUGGAGCUAUACGCCAGCUGAGGAUCUCGCCGGAUCUUCUUCCCACUUAUACCCACGGGGAUACAGAGAAACCCCAUUGAAGCCAAUGUGGGGGCUCCAGGCGGACCCAGUUACAACAGGCUGGACCCUGCUCCCACUGUGUGCUGCCAUUUGACAAGCAGACACCACAUGUGGCCUGACUCCAGUACCUGCUAGACCUGCUCCGAGCGCACCCUGCAUAGGGCCGCGGCUGGGACGUGGAGCAGGGGCUUGGUUGACAGGCGGUAGUUUUGCCGGCUCAGCCACCCAACCUCAUCUGUGCUAGGUGCAGGGACCAGCCUGCUUUCAUGCCACCCAGAUGUCGCUCUCACAGUGUAUAUGACCUCCCUGUGAACCCUCAAUAAAUGGGCUCUUAACUGUU